CAGUUUUACGUACUGGGAAGUACUCGUGGAAUUCAGUGAUUCGAUACAUCAGAAAUUUUUUUUCUUGGAUUCUCAAUCGAAGAAUCAAAAUUCAAAAAUGAAAAGUGCUUUUAUUUCUGGAUUAGUGAUAGUUCUGGUUGUUCUGAAUUUUGACAAUGUCGGGGCUAAAAUGACGAUACCUCAAGUAACAAACAUGCUGAUGCCAAUGAGGAAGACCUGCAUGCAAAAAACUGGUGCGAGUGCAGAGUUGGUUGACGCACCGAAAACCGGCCCGAUGCCGGACGAUCCCGUUCUGCAGUGCUACUACGCAUGUUUGUUAAAAAUGAUCAAAGUCUUGACGAAAGAAGGUCUACCAAAUGUCGACAGUAUGGUGAAGCAAAUGGACGUAAUGCUGCCAGCCGAUGACAUAACAGCACGAUUAAAGGAAGUCAUAGCUUUGUGUACUCCUGCAGUAACGAGUACUGACAGUUGCGAAGGGACCUGGCAGUUCAUCAAGUGUUUCUAUGAGACGGAUAAAAAUGUUUGCUUUUUCCCAUGAGAAGCUCGGGGUGUACUGGAAGUCGCUGGUAAUCGAUCCACGGAAUAGCAAGGCGCGAUGAUAUCAACACUGACUGGGAUGAAUCAACAAAAUUGAAACAAUAUUUAUGUACAUAAAAAUUAAAAUCAAUUGUAAUCAUAAGCAUUGUAAGCACUUUUUUAUGAUUUAACUGGUAUUUGGAUAAUGAAGAAUUUGUUAAAUUAAACUUUUGACAGAAUCAUUUUAAUAA